AAGAAGCACAAGCGAUUGGAUUACAACUCUGAUAUUUUGGAGCACAAGUGAUGUUAAAACAAUUUGAAUGUAUUGGAGCAUGGCUGCUUCUUAAAAUGCAAAAGUUAAAGGAAAAUAUUGAUUACCAAAACUUGCUGAAUAUUGGAAUUUUCUAGACAUCCUGCAUUUAACUGUGUCCCUAAAUGUCCAUGAUUAAGAUCUCAUGCAACCAUUGCACAUUUUGGAGACUAUUCUCCAAAAGAGAACUGGGCAUUUAAAAAGCAGAAAUGAGUGUGUUUUCUCUCGGAACUUACUAAGGUUGAGCAUACUGAAAGAUCAUGACCAGCUUGAAGCGGUCCCAGACCGAAAGGGCUGUUGCCACUGGGGUAUCAGUCGGAACAGAUGGCACCUCAAAAGUCCACUCGGAUGACUUUUAUAUGAGGCGCUUUAGGUCACAGAAUGGCAGCUUAGGAUCUGCAGUCAUGGCGCCAGUUGGACCUCCUCGGAAUGAAAGUUCCCAUCACAUUACCUCUACUCCUGGAGUCCCUAAAAUGGGGGUCAGGGCAAGGAUUGCUGAUUGGCCCCCAAGGAAGGAGAAUAUCAAGGAAGCAAGCAGAUCUAGUCAAGAUAUUGAAACAUCAAGUUGCCUUGACAGCAUGUCUUCUAAAAGCAGUCCUGGGAGUCAGGGAAGCUCUGUUAACCUGAAUGCUAGUGAUUCUGUCAUGUUAAAGAGCAUCCAGAGCACACUUAAAAGCAAGACCAGACAAUCUGAGAAUCUAGACUCCAGAUUUCUUACACCUGAUGGCUAUCCCAGUUCCCCAAGGAAAGCUCUUCGUAGAAUAAGACAGCGCAGCAACAGUGACAUUACCAUAAGUGAGCUUGAUGUGGAUAGUUUUGAUGAAUGUAUUUCACCCACUUUUAAAUCUGGACCAUCUCUGCACAGGGAGUAUGGCAGCACAUCUUCCAUAGAUAAGCAGGGAACUUCAGGGGAAAGUUUUUUUGACUUAUUGAAGGGCUAUAAAGAUGAAAAGUCUGAUCAGAGAAGCCCAGCCACAACUAAGCUCAGUGACCUCCUGAUUGCCAGUGGAAGCAAGGGUUCAGGAUUCUCUCUAGAUGUGAUAGAUGGACCUAUUACUCAAAGGGAAAAUCUGAGACUCUUUAAGGAAAGGGAGAAGCCGCUCAAGAGACGCUCAAAAUCGGAGACAGGCGAUUCAUCCAUUUUUCGUAAGCUGCGCAAUGCCAAAGGUGAAGGGGAGCUUGGGAAGUCAUCAGAUCUUGAAGAUAAUAGGUCAGAAGAUAGCGUCAAGCCUUGGACUUGUCCGAAGUGUUUUGCUCAUUAUGAUGUACAGAGUAUUUUAUUUGAUUUAAAUGAAGCAGCGAUCAACAGGCAUAAUGUUAUUAAAAGAAGGAACACAACCACAGGUGCAUCUGCUGCUGCUGUAGCAUCACUUGUCUCUGGACCCUUGUCCCAUUCUGCAAGUUUCAAUUCUCCAAUGGGCAGUACUGAAGACCUGAAUUCGAAAGGAAGUCUCAAUAUGGACCAGGGGGAUGAUAAAAGCAAUGAACUUGUGAUGAGUUGUCCUUAUUUUCGUAAUGAGAUUGGUGGGGAAGGGGAGAGGAAAAUCAGCCUUUCCAAAUCUAAUUCAGGUUCCUUCAGUGGUUGUGAAAGUGCCUCGUUUGAGUCGACUCUGAGUUCUCAUUGCACGAAUGCUGGAGUAGCAGUUCUGGAAGUUCCCAAGGAGAAUCUGAUUUUGCAUCUAGACAGAGUGAAAAGGUACAUCGUUGAACAUGUAGACCUUGGUGCAUAUUAUUAUCGAAAAUUCUUCUAUCAGAAAGAACACUGGAACUAUUUUGGGGCAGAUGAGAACCUGGGUCCAGUAGCUGUGAGCAUAAGAAGAGAGAAGCCAGAUGAAAUCAAAGAAAAUGGACCGCAGUAUAACUACCGGAUCAUAUUCAGAACUAGUGAGCUUAUGACAUUAAGAGGCUCUGUGCUGGAAGAUGCUAUCCCUUCAACUGCAAAGCAUUGCACAGCCAGGGGACUUCCCCUAAAAGAAGUGCUGGAGUAUGUGGUUCCUGAGCUGAAUAUCCAUUGCCUAAGGCUGGCCUUCAACACUCCAAAAGUCACAGAACAGCUUAUGAAGCUGGAUGAACAAGGGUUAAGUUACCAACUUAAGGUGGGUAUCAUGUACUGCAAAGCUGGACAAAGCACGGAAGAGGAAAUGUAUAAUAAUGAAUCAGCAGGUCCAGCCUUUGAAGAGUUUCUUCAGCUCUUGGGAGAACGAGUUCGGCUCAAGGGAUUUGAAAAGUAUCGUGCUCAGCUGGAUACAAAGACUGAUUCAACGGGUACUCACUCUCUAUAUACAACAUACAAGGACUAUGAAAUCAUGUUCCACGUUUCUACUAUGUUGCCAUAUACUCCAAACAACAAGCAACAGCUUCUGAGAAAACGACAUAUUGGAAAUGAUAUUGUGACAAUAGUUUUCCAGGAGCCUGGAGCACAACCAUUCAGCCCAAAGAACAUUCGCUCUCACUUCCAGCAUGUCUUUGUCAUUGUAAGAGUGCAUGGUCCCUGUACUGACAGCGUUUGUUACAGUGUUGCUGUGACAAGAUCCAGAGAUGUACCAUCCUUUGGACCACCUAUUCCAAAAGGUGUCACGUUUCCUAAAUCAAACGUGUUCAGGGACUUCUUACUAGCCAAAGUCAUUAAUGCAGAGAAUGCUGCUCAUAAAUCAGAAAAGUUCCGUGCGAUGGCCACCAGGACCCGUCAAGAGUACUUGAAAGACUUGGCAGAGAAGAAUGUCACCAACACACCUAUUGACCCUUCUGGCAAGUUCCCCUUCAUCUCGCUUGCUUCAAAAAAGAAAGAAAAGUCCAAGCCUUAUCCAGGAGCAGAGAUCUAUAGUUCUGGUGCUAUUGUAUGGAGUGUCCAUGCAAAAGACUACAGCAAGGGUAUGGAAAUAGACUGUCUGCUAGGCAUCUCUAAUGAGUUUGUAGUCCUCAUUGAACAGGACACGAAAAGCGUGGUGUUCAAUUGCUCCUGUCGAGAUGUGAUAGGGUGGACUUCAACGGACACAAAUAUCAAAAUAUUCUAUGAGAGAGGUGAAUGUGUUUCUUUGGAGAGCUUCAUCAGCAACAUUGAUGAUAUCAAAGAGAUCGUCAAAAGGCUGGAGCUUGUGACUAAGGGCUGUGAAACAGUGGAGAUGACCCUGCGUAGGAAUGGUCUGGGUCAGCUUGGUUUCCACGUAAACUAUGAAGGCAUUGUGGCAGAUGUUGAGCCCUACGGCUACGCGUGGCAGGCAGGACUGCGACAAGGCAGCCGGCUAGUGGAAAUCUGCAAGGUGGCUGUAGCCACUCUGAGUCAUGAGCAAAUGAUUGAUCUUCUGAGAACAUCAGUAACAGUGAAGGUCGUCAUUGUCCCUCCGUAUGAGGACUGCACACCACGCAGGAGUUCUUCAGAAAACUAUCGCAUGCCAGUGAUGGAAUACAAAGUGAAUGAAGGAAUGUCAUAUGAAUUCAAAUUUCCCUUCAGAAAUAAUAACAAAUGGCAGCGAAAUGCGAGCAAAGGACAGGGACCUCAUGUGGCUCAGGUACCAUCCCAAAUACAAAGUCCAGUGACAUCUAGGAUUGGCUCUGGGAAAGGAGAAGGGAAAAUGCCACCCCCAGAACGAGCAGCCAACAUCCCACGAAGCAUCUCUAGUGAUGGACGCCCACUGGAGAGCCGGAGGUUGUCUCCCGGUUCUGAUGUCUACGUCACAGUUUCAUCCAUUGCCUUAGCAAGAUCGCAACAGUGCCGUAAUUCUCCAAGCAACUUAUCAUCCUCAAGUGAGACUGGCUCUGGUGGGGGCACAUACAGACAAAAAUCUAUGCCAGAAGGGUUUGGAAUUAGCCGUAGAUCCCCUGCUUCCAUUGACAGGCAGAACACGCAAUCCGAUACGGGUGGUAGCGGCAAAUCCACACCCAGCUGGCAAAGAAGUGAGGAUAGUAUCGCUGACCAGAUGGAGCACUCCUAUGAAUGUCCAUCUUGUUGCACUGCAUAUGCUCUUCAGUACAUCGUUGUGUGCUGUAUUGCAGAACCAACAUGCCAUCUCCCAGCAGUAUCAAAAGUGCUGCCGUCCUUCAGAGAAAGCCCCAGUGGAAGACUGAUGAGACAGGAUCCUGUGGUUCACUUGUCUCCAAAUAAGCAGGGUCAUUCUGACAGCCACUACUCCAGCCAUUCCAGCAGCAAUACUCUCUCCAGCAAUGCCUCCAGUGCUCACAGUGAUGAGAAAUGGUAUGAUAGUGGAGAGCGCACGGAAUCAGAGCUGAACAGCUACAACUACCUUCAAGGGACUUCAGCUGAUAGUGGCAUAGAUACCACUUCCUACGGACCUAGCCAUGGCAGCACUGCCUCCCUGGGAGCAGCAACAUCUCCCCGUACGGGGCUAACAAAGGAGAAAGUGGCACCGCUGUGGCAUAGCUCCAGCGAAGUGGUCUCCAUUGCAGACAGGACAUUGGAAAAAGAGAGCCAUAUAGAUCGAAAGACCGAGUCUUCACUGAGCCUGGAUAUUCACAGCAAGAGUCAACCAGCCUCCAAUCCUCUAACGAGGGAGAACAGCGCUUACAGUCUUAGUGAUGCCGUCUCGCAUACAAGUACCAUGAGCUCGCGACACUCUGCCAGCCCGGUGGUUUUCACCAGUGCCAGAAGCUCACCUAAAGAAGAGCUUCAUUCUGCUACUUCUCCCCAGCUCGCACCUUCUUUCUCCUCCUCUUCCUCCUCAUCUGGUCCUAGGACUUUCUACCCUCGCCAGGGUGCUACUAGCAAGUAUCUGAUCGGAUGGAAAAAGCCAGAAGGGACAAUAAACUCAGUGGGGUUUAUGGAUUCAAGAAAACGUCACCAGAGUGAUGGCAAUGAAAUGGCCCACCCUCGGCUGCGUGCUUCAGCAAGAGAUCUACGAGCAUCACCCAAACGAGCAUCCAAGUCUACUGUUGAAGAAGACCUGAAGAAAUUGAUAGAUCUUGAUAGCCCAACACCUGAAUCCCAGAAGAAUUUUAAGUCACACACUCUGUCCUGUCAGUCUCCCUUUCCCAGCACUCCUACCACAAGGCGUGCCUUGCAAAGGACUUUGUCAGAUGAGAGUAUUUACAGUGGUCAAAGGGACCACUUCUUCGCCUCACGGGCCUCACUCUUGGACCAAGCCAUGCCAAAUGAUGUCCUAUUCACCAGCACGUACCCUUCUCUCCCAAAGUCGCUGCCGUUACGGAGACCAUCGUAUACUUUGGGAAUGAAAUCACUACAUGGAGAGUUUUCUGCCUCAGACAGCUCCCUGACAGAUAUCCAGGAGCAAAGACGGCAGCCCAUGCCAGACCCUGGUCUUAUGCCAUUGCCUGAUUCUGCCUCUGAUCUGGACUGGUCAAACUUGGUAGAUGCUGCCAAAGCCUUUGAAGUUCAGCGAGCUUCGUUCUUUGCUGCUGCUGAUGAAAAUCACAGACCUGUGAGCGCUGCCUCCAGUAGUGAUCAGGCUGAAGACCAGCUUACUGCACAGAUAAAGCCUUAUACAGGUAAAGAAUCUCCUCCAACUCUCGCCUCUAAAGUGGACCAACUGGAAGGUUUGCUGAAGAUGCUGCAAGAGGAUUUAAGGAAGGAAAAAGAGGACAAGGCCAGUCUUCAGGCUGAAGUGCAACAUUUGCGGGAAGACAACUUGAGGUUACAGGAGGAAUCCCAGAACGCAACUGAGAAACUGAAGAAAUUCACCGAAUGGGUUUUCAACACAAUUGAUAUGAACUGAGAACACUCUACAGGAAGGAAACUAUCUGUUAUGAAUAUUAUUACUGGGACUUAAGCUUUAAUGCCACCUUAAUCAUGACAUGUGAAAGUAUAGUCAGAGCACUUCUCUGUCCUUCAUCCUCCAAUAACCCUUUUUUGCAUCUCUGCGCGCACUCAGAACAAUUGCAGAUCAACAAUCAAUGUCUGCCUUUUGUAGAAAAAAAACAAAGUAAAUAAUUUUAAAAAGGUAAAAUAAAAGUUUAACUGCUAAAA